GUGUCCAUAUCUUGCAGCUGCUGCAGCUCUUAAUACCAUUCUGGCAGGGCAAUGGCAGGGAACUCCGGGCGGUACACUGUGUGUUUUGGUGCUGUUGUUGGUGUAAGACAUACUGCUGUUGGCAGCAGAGCUGCUGCUGCCAUUGCAUAUGCAGUUGCUGCAGUAUCUGCUGCUGGAGCAAUAGGCGGGCCUCGUACUGCUGGUGUUGGUAUUGCGCUAGCUGCGCUUGCAGCAGUGUACGCAUCUGGUCAUCACACUCAUUUGGCUAGAGGCAGUGCGAAUGUUGUUGGCACUGGCCCAGGGAUUGAUGAAUCUGCAUAUGAGUUUGCUGUUGGGGCUGCUCCGGCUGCUGUUGGCAGCGUUCUUGGAACUGUUGUUGUUGGGCGUCCCGCCAGUGAUCUUGCAAUCGGUAUUGUUGGGCGUCCAGGCAUUGGUGUUGUUGACCUUGCGCUUGCAACUGCAUUUGCUGGGCCUCCAGCCUAUGCUGCUGUUGGCAUUGGUCUUGGAGCUGCUGUUGCUAAGCAUGAGCGAGUAGUUGUUGUUGCUGUUGGGUGUGGAUCUGUUGGUGACACAGAUCGUGCAUUUGCUGUCGUUGCUGGUCGUCACUGUUGUGACGCUCAGGGGACAGGUAUUGAUGCUGCUGUUGGUGUUGGUGGUCAUGCAAUUGCUGGCGGCCGUGCUGUUGAUCAAGCUGCAGCAGUUGAUGCCCCUGAAUUACGAGGCAUUGCUGCUGAUGGCAUUGCCCUUGUAAUUGCAGUUGCUGGGUCUCCGGCCAUUGCUGCUGAUGGCGCUGCUCUUGUAGUUGAUUUUGCUGGACCUGGUCGAAUUGAUGUUGCUGGUGCUCAGCGGACAGGUCUUGGUGAUCCUGUUGGCGCUGGUGGCGAAGCAGUUGUUGGGCGCCUUGCUGUUGAUCCAGCUCCAACAGCUGCUGGCAUUGUGUUGCGAGGCCAGUCGACAUCUGCAUCUGCCGGCCCCCCCCUGCUGUCGAGGGACGAGCUGUUGGAUCCCUUGCACGGUCAGACUUUGGUCAGCUGAGGGCGAGGGAUCUGAGGAUUCGACAUUCAGGGUCGAGGGGGGCUGUGUUGGGAGGACAGCGCCUCGCGGCGUGUCCUUACGC